UGGGCCAUGGCGGUGGCUUUCCGCCUCUACCCCACCCACCCACCCACCUGCCCUCCUUUGCUUGCUACGGCUUAUCAGCAUUGCUUCUUCUCGGUGACUUCUGUCUGCUGCCACAGUGACUCCUCCUCCUCUUGUGAAAGCUCCCUGUCAUCUCUGAUCUUUCCUUCUUUCCCCUCUCCAUUGCUGCUCCUCAGGGACUUGAUCUGACGAGUCCGAAGAAGGUUGCUUUAUCGGUGAUUUUGGCGAAUAUUAAGGUUUUGCAUUCGACGCGUUAGACAUAAAGUUUAGCUGCCUUCAAGAGGAUGGGUACUGGAGAUUGGUUAAGGACGAUAAUUAGUCGGAAGAAGAAGAACAAAGAAAGGCCAAAGCAGGAUUCUGCUGUCCAACCACUUAAGUUGAAGAGUCGAUCUCAUAAUGAUCCUAAUAAAUUAUUAAAUGGUGCUUUAAAUGGAAAUUCUCAAGAUUGUGGCAUGACUAUUGAGAUUAUAGCUGCUAUUCGAAUUCAAACUGCUUUUCGAGGCUUCAAGGCAAGGAAAACUCUUGGUAGCUUGAGAAGAACUCAAAAAUUGCAAGCAUUCACUUAUCAUAAUUCUGUAAAGAAGCAGACAACAAACACUUUGAUCCAUGUUCAUACCUGGAGCAAAAUACAGGCAGAAAUCAGAGCUCGACGUGCUAAUAUGGUAGCAGAAGGUCGCAUUAGGCAGAAGAAACAUGACAAUCAGUUAAAACUUGAGGCUAAGCUUCAUGAUUUGGAGGUAGACUGGAACGGAGGCAGCGAGACAAAGGAGGAAAUAAUUGCCAGGAUACAGCAAAGAGAAGAAGCUGCAGUCAAGAGAGAACGAGCCAUGGCAUAUGCGUUCUCUCAUCAGUGGAGGGCAAACUCCGGGAUGAACCAAGGGCCAUUUGUCUUUGAGCUCGCUAAAGGUAAUUGGGAGUGGAGUUGGGUGGACAAAUGGAUUGCAGCUCAGCCAUGGGAGACCAGACCUUCCACUCUCACGAAGGUAGUUAACAGAGUUGGUAAGGGUGCAAAACUACCUAGUUCAGUUAAACAUGCAAGCAUUGACGGGAAGGAAUUCGCAAAGAAACCAUCUAAGCAAUCAGAUGAAGAAACAACAAACCAAGAGUCUAACACAAAGGCAGCAAAUUCUGGUCAUUCAAGAACGAAAACUACAUAAACAAGAGAGAGAGAGAGAUCUUUACUGGCUUUGGUAGGCGCUGCCUAAUGUAUGCAUGCAGCAGUGUGUGUGGAUAUAGAGAGAAGAUUGUGUGUGAGUUGAAAUCUUCGUGGGGUUUUACCAUUUGAUGUGAAGAAUAAGAGGUGAUUUGCCCUUUAAAGUGUAGAUUACUGGAUGAGUGAUAUGUAUGUGUCUUCAAGUGAAGCAGCCUCAAGGUUGGCUGCAAGCUGGGUGGGUCUUCUUCCUUUGUCCUUUCCAUGUACCAUGGUGGCCUGAGUGAUUGAGAUGAGUCCUAAGGAUUGCGUGGUCCUGUCCAUUGUCAAACGAAGAACAUUGUUGUGGUGAUUGUAAUCAUCUGUAGCAGGUCUUACAGAGUUUUGUA